AUGGCGUCCAUUCAAUCUCAUUACUUCUAUACGGAGGUUCCUGGCCAGUCCGACGAGUACGUCGACUUUGACCAGUUCCUCGACUUCACAUCGGUCGAUGGUGAUAUCUCUUCUGCCUCCGCCAACUCUGUCUCGCCCGAAAUGGCGCUUCCCUACGAUGCUGACAUGUUCGGCGAUGACCUCCUGGACUUCACCCAGCCCACCUUCCCAGACAUGUUCAAUUACGAGUUGUCCCAAGAUGCAUUCCUGGAUCAGUCCACCGAAAUGGGUUUGAUGCAAGGUCCGGCGCCGGUGUUUGACGAUGUUGCGUUCCACGGCUACCAACCCUACGACUUCAGGCAAAUGGUCGAGGCCCAAGCCGCUGCUGACCCCCGGAUUGUCUCCACCAAGGAAAAGCGUCGCGAAGCUUCAAUCGCUCUGCACCUCCAACGUUUGUGUGAUGCCACCGCCCUCGAUCUGGAGAUGUCAUCUGACUCCAGCGCCAGCUUCUCCUCCCAAAGCUGGUCCGACUGCAUGCGCGAGAGCAUCUCGCCCAAGCCGAUUAGCACCAGCACCAGCACCAGAAGUACUCCCGUCUCUUCUCAAGAAGCUGGGGGCAUGGAAAUGGUCCUAGAUCUGAACAUGAAUGCCGCUUCCAACCUGCCCAAAAAGCAGAAGCCUCGUUCCCAAGCCCAGAAGGAGAACUACAUCAAGGCUCGCAAGUACGGCGCUUGCGAGAAGCACAAGAAGCAGCAUAAGAGGGUAAGUCAUCAAGUCGUCCCUUUCAUCAGACAUCUAACGUGCUUCCAGUGCAACUGCCUAGAGAAGGCCGCCGCCCGUGCGGGCGUCAAUGAGGUCCCGAUGGACGUUUCUUACAGGGAACAACCACGACCUCAACAAACUGUACUCCCGGGCACGCACCCAUACAGUCUACCGGGCCACGAGCCAACAGUAAUUUCACCUUCACUGCGGCCCACGGCCAAGAUGAUCAAGAAACUCAAGAGCACCCAUUCGCCGCGUUACGAUUCGUCGCUUUGUACAUCGGCACUACAACAAUCCGUCAAGACGAAAACCAAUGUCGACAGUGUGGCGGGUCACAGUCUGCGGAACAUUACGAAUGUUUCGCAGUCUUCCGUUAAGGAUAGACAGCACGUUCCAAGCUCACCAAGCCACGUUUCACGCAAGACCGCCAUCCUGGAUCUGUCGCCAAUUCGGGAUAGAAAGCAUGCUCACAAUUCAUCGGGGCUUGUCCUGACGUCCCAGUCUCCAACUAUGCCUCCGUCUCUCAGGACAUUGCGGAGCUCUGUUGGCCAGCAAGUAUCCUGGUUCUCCGCUCUUGGGUCCACCCCAGCAAGCAACUCUGUGCGUUCUUCGGAAAGCAAAUCCACCAAGCAGGUUAUGCUGCGAACAAACCGUUCCGAUACGGGCACAGUACGUGCGCCAAAUCUGGAAGUUCGGCGCCCGAGACAGACUACGGUAUCGCGACAAGUCAAGGACGAGUCGACAUCCCCGACGGCCAGUCUAAUGCACACUCAGUCUCUCAGGAGAUUCCAAAAUCGUGGAGCUCUGGCUGUGUCAAAUCUCACUCAACGCCCGGUCGUUCUCGAAGGUUCGAGACUACCGUCCGCGAUUCUUACGACUGGACUGCAAUCUCCGGGUUCCACGGGUUCCUCGGGUCUGUUUGGUCAAAGUGCCGCAAUGGUUCGUUGUUUUGUCGCACAAAUGGGAGAAGUGUUCGCAACGAAUGUUCUCGCAUUUGCCGGCGCUUGGCGAUCAUCCCUGCCCUUCACCACCUGGUUGGAGGAUGUGACUUAUAAGGGUCUCUCCCUUGGUGGUUGGAGUCUAAUGUCUGCCAAGAAAGGUCUUCAGCUGCACAGUAUGCGUACCUUUUGGUCUGCAUAG